AUGCUCUCCGAGCUACCCUCGGAAAUCAUCUACCAUAUCGCAACAUUUCUGCCAACGGCCAAUGCAUUGACCCAUCUGGCGCAGACCUGUCAUCGCCUCUAUGAGAUUAUCACCGCCGAAGACUCGCGCAUUUUUCGGGCAUUCGUUCAAAGCAGUUUUCCCUGCACCCCAACACCUCCAUUCUGGAAAGAUGCCGCCCGCGCUCUAACAGCACGAUCCCGGGCCCUGGACCGCCAAGCCAUCAUCGGCCGGUUUGUGCUGCCCCCACCAACGGCAGCCCAGAUCGGCUCUCACCAGGCUACUCGGCUUGAUCGCCCCACUCUGGGGUACCGCGCCGCCAUUGACUCGUAUGAGACGUGGAAUGGCGCCUGCUGGGCGGAUCGAAAGGAGGUUCUUGCCUGGGGUGCGGCCAGCCAGCUCGUGGUGCGGGUGAAGCAGUCGGGAGCCCAAGCGCGUGAGAAUUGGUUCGUGCUUGAUGAUACCGACCACACCAGUAGCUAUGACGAUAUCCUAGGGGUGCAUGCGCUGAAGCCAGAUCAUGGUCGGAAAGGGGCAGAUACGGAGCAUUUUGUCUUUGGACGAAUGCUCGGCGAUAUCGUCCAUCUUGCUAUUUCCCCGGAAGACGCGAGUCAUGAAUAUAAGCAGAGAUUCCGAACAUAUGGCCUGAUACUCGAUCGAACAGAUCUCAGCGAUGGCACAGAACCCACUCUAGCUGCUCACUAUGGCAAUGGAUCUAUUGCCUUCUACCACACGGCAACUGAGGACCAAAAGGUCGAGCCGUUCGUGUGGCUCCGAGCCGAAGCUCUGAGCGCACGGAACAGAUACUCCAAGUUGCUGUCCUCGUCGCUCGUUGCGGUAGGAACUGGAGAUACAGGGAAUUCACUGUCGAUUUCGACAUUCGUUCCAGACGGGGUCUCCGUGUAUCGGGAUAUUAGUGUGGAUUCUCUUGACCUCGAGCAACGGGUUGGGAACACGGCCAAGGCCAAUGUCAGUGCCAUUGCACCUCUGAACCAACAUGCCCUAGGUGGCUCACCAGGCGAUGUUUUUCUUGCUGCGUGGGGCGACCGCAGCGUCCGGUACGAGAAGCCCAAAAUACUGUUCUAUAUCCCAAUCCCUUUCUCCAAACUGACGAUCUUCUCCAGGCUUCAUGACCUUCGCUCGCCACACCCCUACGAAUCAACCUAUAGAGAUACCACAGAUAUCAAUCCCAUUUACAGCGUGCACACCUUCGGCCACGACCGGUUCCUAGCGGGAGCCGGAGGCGACGCAGUCCUCAAGAUCUUCGACCUCCGCAUGAGCAACACAUACAGUUACCUGGACGCCCAAGCUCCUCCUGCAAAGUCUACAAACACCCAAAACCUCCCUGCCAAUGGAGUCUAUACUAAUGGCGCUGCUACCCUUACUACCCCCUUCCAACAUCCCCGCAAAGACAUCUCCAUUUUCCUCUCCCACCAACCGCCCUCCACAUUCCCACCCCAGAACCAGAACCACAACCAGCACCACUCUCGCCCCCGCAAACGAGGCGCCUACCGCGGGCCUAUCUAUACCAUGUCCUCGCCCUCCCCGUCCUCGUCCACCGUCUACACCGGCAUUGUGGACGGGGUCGUGCGGUUGGACUUUGCGUCCACCGAUGACUUGACCGGUCCCGCCAAGGAGUGGUACGAGUAUAACCUCGAUCUAGGCGUCAAUACCGGCUCGGUGCCAUUGCCAGAUGUCUCGGGGGAGGUGUUCAAUCUCGCGGGUUAUGAACGCCCGCAUCCGGAUGACCUGACUACGACUUCGAAGCUACGGAAUCAGCGCUCGUUUUGGUCUGUCGAGCCAGGUGAUCGUCUCGUUGAGGGUUGGGAUGCGCGGUGGGAACAUUUGGAAGAACCUGGGGCUUGGAGGCGGCGAGAUGAGUAG